AUGUCGUUCUCACAGAAGCGCCGUGAGCUUCACGUGCAUUUAGCUAACACCACAUCGGCCUACCCCAAGCCUGAUAGAAUUGCCCACGUUCAGGCCCGGCUUACGCCCCGCCGCCAAAGGAGAUUUAGCACCAGCAUUCAGGAGCGCAUCAGUCAAGACCAAAAGACUAGAACCGAAUACCUCACGCGCUUUGGUCGACGAGGCGUGCAGUCAGCUGCUGUUGCAGCCCGAGGGGCAGUCCGACGCGAAACCCAGCCGUCCGUUGAGUUCGUUACUUCGCCGCCUAGAAUCCGCCAGGGACGCCCCAACCAGCCAUUUCUUGUAGACGAUAUAUAUCCCGCUGAGGACCUCGAGAAGCUCUCCCGUCUCUCCCGCCUGGAGCUUAGGGAAACAUCCGGCCCGUAUCCCAACCGUCACUGGCGAUUGAAGAAACGCCCACACAAUAUCUUGGACCACACCCCGCAUAACGACGAAUCCGCUAUCCCUCAUGUGCCAAUUCGACGAAAGCGUCGAGCGUCAACAACCGAGGUGGACUUAGCCGCUGGCACAUUGCAUGCCAUUUUUUCCGGCAAACCCAUCGAUCUUUAUCCAGAUCGCUUCCAAGACAACGUCCCCAUCCCCGAAGACGACGUCCCUGACGUCGCUAUGCACGCUGAACCAACAGGACUAGUACGAUCGGUCUUCAAUAUGUUUUCUAGUGUGGCGCAUGCCUUUACUGGCUUUCGCCAGACAGUCACGCGUUACAGUAUGUUGGCUUCCUCACUAAUCUUGGGUUGGAAACCCUCCAUAAUCUCCACACUAACAUGCGCUUUAGUCUCAAAUCCUGCCCAAGAAGUCGUCGAAGUCGUCGAAGUCGUCGAGACUCGCGAGGAAAGACCUGAUGGCAAUGUUGUCAACAAACGACGAAAGCUUGACCAGCCCAAAGACUACGAAGGCGAAGUCCAAUGGGCCUCCGACGAAGAACUUGCAAGUGUCGAGAAUAGUUGCACCAGAUUCUGUCGCGUGGCCUGUCAUUUCUUUCGGUUGGAUCUGGAUCCGAAGCCCGGCGUGCGAGACUACUUCAACGACAAACUACGACCAAUUGGCACUCUACUUGCUGGUUCAAUCGGCAACCCUACCCCUAUCAUGUGUGGCAAAAUCUUGCCUCGGAGUCACUCUUGCCUGUAUACUCUAUUCCUUGAGCAGCUUCUCGAAAUUCUACCCAGAGUGUACGAUAAACGCAAGAUUUCCGAACUGAAAGCUUCUCAUGGUCCGACUCUCCACCCACGCUUGGACCUUGGAUUUUCCUCUCUGGAUUUAGACAUCCUGUCCCAUAUCAGAUCCGUUUUCUCGUUUCAAUCUAUCUCCUACGUCUUAGCCGGUCUGACGGACAAUUACAAAGACGAUCAUCCAACCACUCUCGAUGAUGCUACCAUGUUCUUUAUUGAUCGCUUUCUUCUGGACAUCAAUGCCAUCUUUGAAGGGCUUAUACCACCAAGCUACCUCGACUCACCAGACUAUCUCAAAGAAAUGAGAACGAGAUUUCCGACACCAGCUCGUGCACCUCUCGCCCAGGAAAUGCCUGGCACGUUCCCAAAUGAAUUAACGCGAAGCACACCCCGCCCGACGAGUGCUCCAUCUGAGGUCCCGAAUCUACCGGAACCCGUGCAAAAGGGCUUACGACACAAGCAAGAGAGCUCGUCUCCAAGCUUGGACGCAGCACCAUUGGAACCUGGCCGCACAUUACGCAUCUCCAAGGAGGGCAUUCGGUUCUCAAAUGUUCGUCCAGCUCGGUCCAUGAACAGGGACUCACCCUCACCAACUUCUUCGCCUAUCUAUUGGCGUUCUUACUACCAACCCUUGGCUGUGCCACCACCUACCGCAGCUUACAAGAAAGAACCUUUUGAACCUUUUGCCGGAAUAGAGCAGAAAACGUUCCCCAGUCUCGAUGCCCUUUUUAGAGAUCCAGGCCCGCUAUCCCUACAGUUGAGCGAUGUUGCUACUUCUGCUCUCGCACAGAAACGGGAAGAGGAAGCUAGAAUCGCAGCGGAAGCAGCUGAGGCGGCAGAACGGGCUGCGGCUGAGAAAGCCCGAAUUGAAUUGGAAGCUCGCCUGGCUCUGACUGGUGGCCUUCGUGUCCCCCGACAAAAGUUUGUGCCGAAAUUAUCUGGAGACUGGAACCGAAGGGUCCAUGACACGCUGACCUCAGCACCAACUACCUCGCUCACCACGACCGUUGAGGGUAUUGACCUCAGGCGGCAUGACUUUGCCAAGGUUGUUCCGGAGACUGAGUGGCUCAACGACGAGAUCGUAAACGGCUCACUGAUGUGGCUUGACCAGGCAAUCAACUCGGCUGCUGGCAUUAAGGAUGUGAAGAAGCAGACUCGUAAAUGCCUGACUAUGAGUUCCUUCUUCUUCAAGCAGUUGAGGGAAAGGGGGGUUGGACGAACGCAACGCACAUUGAGACGCUAUGGCGUCGAGAAACGAAACUUCCUUGACAUUGAUACUAUCCUCCUGCCCAUAUGCGAGCGUUCCCACUGGACACUUCUAGUUGUCCGGCCUUCUAAACGCACCGUAUCCCACAUGGACUCCAUGAAGCCCGUUGGCUCUCCUACGAACACGAACCUCGCCUUGGCAUGGGUCAAGGAUGUUCUAGAGGACGCAUUUGUCGCUGAAGAGUGGACUGUCGUUAAGCACGAAGCACCCCGGCAGACGAAUGGAUGGGACUGCGGAGUUCAUACAAUCACAAACGCAAUGUGCGUUGCCCUUGGGUUGAACCCUAUUGACUCUUAUUCCACCGACGAUAUGCCCCUUCAGCGCCUGCGAAUCGCAAGUGUGUUGCUGAACCGAGGGUUCAGCGGGGAUUUCGACCUAGGAGUGUUUUGA